AUGAUGUCUUAUCUUAAGCAACCACCUUACGCAGUGAAUGGCCUGAGUCUCACAACCUCGGGCAUGGAUUUGCUGCAUCCCUCCGUCGGCUACCCCGCCACCCCGCGGAAGCAGCGGCGGGAGCGCACCACGUUCACCCGGGCGCAGCUCGACGUGCUGGAGGCGCUUUUCGCCAAGACCCGCUACCCCGACAUCUUCAUGCGGGAGGAGGUGGCGCUGAAAAUCAACCUGCCCGAGUCCAGAGUGCAGGUGUGGUUUAAAAACCGCCGAGCCAAAUGCCGCCAGCAGCAGCAGCAGCAGCAGAACGGGGGCCAGAAUAAAGUGAGGCCGGCCAAAAAGAAGAACUCGCCGGCGCGGGAAGUAAGUUCGGAGAGCGGGACCAGCGGGCAGUUCACUCCCCCCUCCAGCACCUCGGUGCCCACCAUCUCCAGCAGCAGCGCCCCCGUGUCCAUCUGGAGCCCGGCGUCCAUCUCCCCGCUCUCAGACCCCCUGUCCACCUCCUCCUCCUGCAUGCAGAGAUCCUACCCCAUGACCUACACCCAGGCAUCAGGGUACAGCCAAGGAUACGCUGGCUCGACCUCCUAUUUUGGAGGGAUGGACUGUGGAUCUUAUUUGACCCCUAUGCACCACCAGCUCCCUGGACCGGGGGCCACCCUGAGUCCCAUGGGUGCCAAUGCCGUCACCAGCCACCUCAACCAGUCUCCAGCCUCCCUCUCCACCCAGGGCUACGGAGCCUCGAGUUUGGGCUUUAACUCAACCACCGAUUGCUUGGAUUAUAAAGACCAAACCGCCUCCUGGAAGUUAAACUUCAACGCUGACUGCUUGGAUUAUAAGGACCAGACGUCGUCGUGGAAGUUCCAGGUUUUGUGA